GAAAGAAAUGGAGAUGCCCCUAUCCUUUUGUUUCUGCCAUUGAUGUCCUGAUAGGAUAUCCACUUUGGUUUUUUUAUGAAGCGUGUAAGAAUAGACUGGUUGCUUGAAACUGGCCAAUGAAAGGAAACAGCUGAGAAAUAACUAAGUGCGGGGAAAACAAAGAACCCCCCCGUGUAUGCACACAAACCGUCUUAUGCUUCUGUGAUGGGACAUUCUGCUUCGAACGUGGCACUCAUGACCUGAGAGUACAUGGCACGAAGGCUGAGGAGGGCCCCAUAUGUUGCUCAGAAGGCAGAUGAUGAAGAAAUCAAACAUAGCAAAGGCCAUUGCUUUGAGGGCACAGAGAGGAGAGAGGAAAUCAUGGUUAUGCUGAAGAUUUCAUCUUUCCUUGCUGUUUAUGCCUUGGUCAUGUGCCAGAUGGAUAGCUUCCAAGCAGCUCCAGUCAGACCUGGCUUGGAGUCCAUAACAGACAGAGUGACGCUCAGUGAUUAUGAAGCUCGGAGACUAUUAAAUGCACUGGUGAAAGAGUUCAUACAGAUGACAGCAGAAGAACUGGAGCAAGCCUCUGAGGGGAACAGCCUGGAUAGACCUAUUUCCAAACGCUGUGCCAGUCUGAGUACUUGUGUGCUGGGCAAACUGUCUCAAGAAUUGCACAAAUUGCAAACUUACCCUCGUACUGACGUCGGGGCUGGAACUCCUGGCAAGAAAAGAAAUGUGCUGAGUGACCUGGAACAUGAACGCUAUGCAAACUAUGGGGAACCCCUAGGAAACAACUAGACAUGCUUAUUUCUGCCCUUCUCCCUUUUUUUUAACCUGAUGCAUGUGGAUCUAACUCUGAUUGCUAACUUUGCUAUGUUCUUUUGAUUCUGUUUUCGACAGAGAAUGUUUGAGAUGGACCUUAAUGUUAGGAAGACAGAACAUAACACACAUAACAAGCUAGGGGAAAAAUAAAUAAAAAUGAACAGCACUGCAUUGAGACUUCAAAUGAUUUUCUUAGACAUUGAUUAAAAAAAAAAAUCUAGACAGGGUUCAUUUCUGGCUACUAAAUGUACAAGUAGACUCUUCUUUCAUGCCUGCCCAUGCACUUGUUCAAUAAACCUAUUUUUCUAUAAGGAUUAGAUCUGUUUGGUUUACUUGUUUUAGAAUGUGAGACUUCUAGAUAAGGCUAGAAACAUUUUUACAAGUUCUAUUCAUAUUCAAGAGAGGAAAUGCAAGUAAUUCUAGAAUAAUUUAGGAAGGUGAUGAAGUGCAAUGAGAUAGGAGUAUAAUUUCAAUUUCUCAGAUAUUGUACACAUGUAACCAAAUUAUGCAUACAAUCCUAUUGGUAAAGAUCCUGAGGAACAAAGCAAUCAGGAAGGGCUCAUACAGAGCUGUUCAAACUAGAAUUGUAAUCCUGUUUUAAGCUGAGUACUGAACACUUCCAGGUAAGAAUUUAAUGUUCUCUUCCUUUUUCCUUUUAAUUUUAUAAUAGGUCUUCACACUAGUAUACUUGAAACCCAAGUGUAUUAAAAAUAUUUAUAUUACUUUAAGACAAUAUAGUGUGUGUGGAAUGUGAAUUAGGAGACAAAGCUUUUUUCUUUUUUUUUUUCUUUUUGCUUAAUGUUUAGAUAUUGUAGCCUCUUUUAAAAAAUGACUAUUUCUUUAGCUAUUUCUCACAGACAUGUUACAUAGCCUUCUUUCUAGUUUUCCUGUGCAGCACCACAGCUAUCCUGUAAUCAGAAGCCUGUUCCAAAACAUUACAUUGAUGUUAUAAACAAUAUUAGUUGUUAAUGAACAGUUCUGUAAUGCUUAAAUGAGCAAAAUCCCUCCUUCUCCAAGAAAAGUCCUUGCUUUAGUAGAAAACUAUUCCAAGCAAGGGCCAUAUGAAAGUGUAUGCCAUGAAGUCCUUUGUUGCAAAAUUAUUAUCAGAAGAAAUCCUGAUGCAAGUGUACUAUUUGCAUGGCGAUGUGCUGUAAUAGACUGGAGUCUGACGGCAGGAAUGGUGUUUCCAUA